CUUGUCGCACCAAUUACUAUUAACUAUUACUACUUUCGUGCGCUGUUAGUAGUUUAUGUUAAGCGAAAUUACUCAUUCUGCACAUAAAAUUGACAAUUCAUUCAUGAAUUGAAUAUUGAAUUGAGACGAAAAUUUUGUUAUUUUGUUGAACAAAGAAACUUCCAUCAUAAUCAUUGUUAUUAUCAUGACACAGUGAUAAUAUUCUUCUCUAAAUAUUAGUAAUCAAUACAAAUGAUAAUUGAACAAAAGUAUAGAAGUGUUGGUCAGUCAAAUAUCUCUCCAUUUAUCUUAAUACUGUUAUUACUUGUUAAUAAUGUUUAUCAUUUAAAUUCACAAAAUCUCAUCAAUGAAAAUGAAAAUAAUAGCCAGAGAAUAAAAACAAUAAUUAAAAAUGAAAAGAAUGAAGAUAAAUUUAAAGAUAUAAUCGAUCUGCUACAACUUGUUGAAAUUGACAAACUGGAUAGUCAUGAAGUUACACGCCAAUAUGGAUUUUGUUCGUCAUCGUUAAAAGAAAACCCAAAUACUGCUUAUUCUUAUCAUCGAGGUGAUAAGUUAAAGUUACCAGUGGAGAAGGCGUUUCCAUCUUCAUUUCCUCAGGAUUUUUCUAUUCUUGCCACUGUACGAUUAAAGCAUGAACAAAUUCAAAAGUUAUUUGAUAUAACAGAUGAAAAAGGGAACAGUCAGCUGACCAUGUCAGUAGGAAACAAUAUUGCUUUGUAUUACCGUUUAUCUGGAGAUUCACCGUCUACAGUGGAGUUUUUUAAUGUUGAAUUGAAUGAUUUCAGAUGGCAUAGAAUUGCAUUGAGUAUUAAAGGUGAUUCUGUCACAAUAAUUAUUGACUGUAAAGUUAUAACGUCAAAAUUAUUGAAUCGUUCAUUAACUGACAAUCUGAAAUUACGUCAAGGAAUGCUUUAUGUUCUACAAGAUAGGACAGGACAAGCCAGUUUUACUGGUGCAAUUGAACAACUGUUGAUUGUUCCAACACCUAGCGGAGCAUAUGAUCAAUGUAAUGUUUAUUCGGUGUGUAGUGAAUCAGACAAAAUUAGCGAUGAGAUGCAACUUCAGGAACCAUACAUAUAUGAACAGACUAGAAAUUUCGGCCAACCAGGUGAAAAAGGUGAAGUUGGCCCUAAAGGAGAAAAAGGCCAACCUGGACGAGAUGGUCGUAGUGGGAUUCCUGGAGCUCCAGGACUUCCUGGGGUACCAAGUCAUAUAUUAAUGAUGCCAUUACCAAGUUUUGGAAAGAAUGAACUAAGUCGUAUGGCCAGUUUUAGGACAACCGUCCAACAAGCCGUUAUGAUGCUAAAAGGAAGUCGGGGUCAGCAAGGUAUGACUGGUCUCCCAGGGAUACAAGGCCCACCUGGACUAAGAGGAUCAAAAGGCGAUCAAGGUGCUUUUGGAGAGCCUGGUUUUAUAGGUCCAACUGGCUUAAGAGGUCCUCCAGGUCCUAUAGGCCCGCGUGGUAGACCAGGUGUUGAUGGUGAGACGGGAGCAAGUGGGUUGGCAGGUCCCAAAGGAUUACCUGGUCUGCCGGGAUUACCGGGUUUACCUGGUCACAGAGGUCAUAAAGGAGAAAUUGGACCAAAUGGCAUUAAAGGAGAUGUUGGACUGAGAGGGCCACCUGGUCCUUAUGGACGAGAUGGUGAAGUAGGUCCUCCUGGAGAGCCUGGUUCAGUUGGACUUCAGGGUCCUACGGGACCAGUUGGAACAGCUGGUUUACGAGGAUUACCCGGACGAAUUGGACCAAACGGACUUAAAGGUGAAUUUGGGGACUCAGGUGAAAUGGGUCCACCUGGUCCUCAAGGUCCUGUAGGUCCACCGGGAGUACCUGGACCUCAAGGUAUACGUGGGCUAACUGGAAAGCCUGGAGCAAGAGGACCACCUGGUGUAACUGGACUACCAGGUAGCCCUGGAAUGACUGGAAAUCCUGGACCACAGGGGAAUGGAGGUCCAAAAGGCGAGCCGGGAUUAACUGGAGAACCUGGAGAUACUGGACCUGUUGGAGCUUCAGGAUAUAAAGGUGAUCGUGGACCUCGUGGUUCACCUGGAGUUAAAGGAACUCAGGGAGCAGCUGGUUUAACUGGUGUUCGUGGGGACAGAGGUGAAAAAGGUUCGAAAGGUGAACGUGGUCUUCCUGGACCACGUGGCAGUGAAGGUCCAGUUGGAAUUAAGGGUGAACCAGGCAUAAUAGGUGAACUCGGUCCUCGCGGAUUGGAAGGCCAGAAAGGGAACGAAGGUCCUCGGGGAAGUCCAGGGUACCCUGGAGGCCCAGGUCCCAAGGGGUCUGUUGGGCCCGUAGGUGCAAUUGGUAGUCCGGGAGAAAAAGGCAACCCAGGUCAUGUAGGAUCGUUAGGUUUGAGCGGACCUGUUGGGCCGCGCGGAGCACCUGGUCCACGUGGUGCCCCGGGUCAAUCUGGACCAGUCGGAUUCAAGGGCGACGAAGGACCAACAGGACCAACAGGGCCUCCUGGAGCUGCUGGUCCUCAAGGUCCGAGGGGUCCUCCUGGAUUUGUGGGGGUUCCAGGUCCUCCGGGUUUACCCGGUCGACCAGGACCAGUUGGGCUUUUAGGAGAUCGAGGUGAACCUGGUGAACCCGGAAUACCUGGUGAAAUUGGACCGAUAGGUAUGGUUGGUGUACCUGGUCAAAAUGGGGAGCAGGGAGCACCAGGAGAACGUGGUCCACCAGGACCACGUGGUCCUCAAGGAAUUCCAGGCAAGCCUGGGGUAGAGGGUAUCGAGGGAGUACAGGGUGAAAAAGGAGCUAAGGGUGCCGCAGGGCCAUCUGGUCCAAGCGGUCCAGUUGGAUUACGAGGAACACGUGGACCGCCAGGUCCAUCAGGAGAUCCAGGUUCUAAAGGAGAUGAAGGUCGCACUGGUCCGCAUGGAAACAUUGGUGACAAAGGUGACAGAGGCCCUCCUGGGCCACAUGGACCACCUGGUCCAAUAGGAACAGUUGGACCACAAGGAUUGCCUGGAAGUCAAGGUGAACCUGGUGACAAGGGUGCGCGAGGUCCUCCAGGCCCAGUCGGCGAAACAGGUGAAAAAGGUGUUCAGGGGUUAAUUGGCAAACCGGGAUUACGUGGAUCAACAGGAGCUGAUGGAGAACAAGGAGACCAAGGAAGUCCAGGUCCACAAGGUACUAAGGGUGAAAGAGGAGAAGUGGGUGAACAAGGUUCUCCUGGACAGCAAGGGGCAGCCGGAUCUCCAGGUCCUCAAGGUAUGGUUGGAGAGCCCGGAGAGGUUGGAAAUGCCGGAGUAACAGGGCCGAAAGGUAUAGAAGGUAAAGUUGGUCCACCGGGACCACCUGGACCUGCUGGUGUGCAAGGCUCACCUGGUCGAAGUGGUCCACGUGGGGAACCUGGUAUUAAAGGAGUGAUCGGCAAAGAAGGCCCACUCGGAUUUCCCGGACCUGUUGGUUUGGCUGGCGCUUCGGGAAAAAUGGGAAUACCUGGUGUACCUGGUCCUCCAGGAUUAUCUGGAUUGAAAGGAGAACAAGGAAAGCCGGGUCCACGGGGUGAACAGGGGGCUCAAGGUACUGUGGGGCCAUCUGGACCAAAAGGAAUGAAAGGGAUGCUUGGUAGACCUGGACGACAAGGUCAGCCUGGUUCUGCAGGACCGCCGGGAAUAGUUGGGGAGCCAGGGGUUCAGGGAGCACAAGGGCCAAUGGGUCCAAUUGGUGCCCCAGGACUGCCGGGUGAGCCUGGUGCCGCAGGUUUACCUGGAAAAGAUGGAGUCCGGGGAGGUAUUGGCCUAGAAGGAAUGUUUGGUGAUGACGGGCCGCCAGGACCUCCCGGAACGGUGGGCGUUCCUGGUGUCCAAGGUCCUCCUGGAACCGCGGGUGAUACUGGCCCUUCGGGAGAUCCGGGAGAUCGUGGUGCUGCUGGACCAAUGGGAGCGCCUGGUGAGCGGGGACCACCCGGAAUCAUGGGAGCUGAAGGACAAGUCGGUCCUCAGGGGCCUGAAGGAGAGCAAGGUCUUCAAGGUCCGCCAGGAGAAUCUGGACCGAAAGGCAAUACAGGCAAACCGGGUUCGCCAGGUUCAAUUGGUCCGAAAGGAGAGUCUGGUCCAAAAGGUGUAGGAGGUAAUCCUGGAACAGUAGGACCAACUGGACUUAAAGGAGAGCAGGGUAGCAUAGGAGACCCUGGACCGACUGGAAAACAAGGUGAAAUGGGUGGACAUGGAGAUCAGGGACCUCCUGGUCCUCGAGGGCCUAAUGGCGAUGAAGGAGAACCUGGGCCUCCAGGUCCAAUAGGCCCUGCUGGCCCACCUGGCUUACAAGGUCCUCGAGGAGAGCAAGGUCAUCAAGGUGAUCCUGGACCAAUGGGUAAACAAGGCCCACAAGGUCAAGUAAAAAUAACCAAUAAUGGAGAAAAUUUACGAAUGAGAUAUAAAAGAUCAGCUAUAAUACAAACCGAAGAAACACUUGAACAAAUAAAUCAAAAUAUAUUUGGACGUGUCGAUGCACUGAAUAAGAAAGUACGUUCAAGACGUUAUGCAACUGGUUUAAGUCCACAAAAUCCAGCACGAACAUGUAAAGAUGUCAGAUUGACUAAUAAAUUUGCUCAAAAUGAUACUUAUUGGAUCGAUCCAAAUGAAGGGUCAAACAAAGAUGCAAUAAGAGCAAAGUGUACAUUUUUUGAUGAUGGCAUUGUUGAGACCUGUGUUGAUUCAAGCAUGGAUCAAGGAAUAUUGGUUACAUAUUUGAAACCACUACCAAGUGAUAGUGAAUGGCAAAGUCAACUGCGUGUGAUGAAUUCUACAACACCACUAGAUUUACAUAAUUAUGGAAGUCAUUCACAAGUUAAUAUGUUACGUAUUCAACAUAGAUAUGCAUCACAAGAACUUGAAUUUUUAUGCGACGGAACAGAAAUCUAUGGUUCAUGGAAUCCACGUACAAGUCAAUCAGAUUUUAAUAAAGCUACUGCUCUGUUGGCACAUAAUGAACGUAUGCUUGAUUUGACUUCAGGUGAAAGAUUAGGACCGGGAAAAUAUCAUAUGGAUAAACGUAAUUAUCGAAAUAAUUUAGAUCGUGUUGACACAAAUAUUAUAAUAGAAUAUGAUGGAUGUCAGUACUUGACAAAAGGUGCAGCCACCAAAUUAUUGAUUGAAACAAGAGACUUAGAAGUAUUACCAAUUAUUGACUUUAAAGUACGUAAUUUUGACAAACAAGGCACAUGUUCACUAAGUGUAAAUGUCGGUGCUGUAUGUUAUCGUACAUAGCAAAAAAUUACGAACAGAAUCGCAGUAAUGAAGAUAAUGGAAGAGAGAAAAUGAAAAUUUCGGAAAAAAAACUAUAUUUCAUUAAAUAAAUUCCUAUGCUCACUAUUUAAUGGACAAUCGUUCACUGUUGUUUUGGUUUUGUCUGUAUGAAUAAUCUUUCAAUUUUGAAUUAAUUUAAUAAAAUCCAUGCUGUUUUAAUGAGCACCAGAAGUGACAAAACUAUGCAAUUUUCAAUUAGAAUUCAAUGAAAGCUAGGUAAAAGCCAUUUUGACUAAUCCUAAAUAUUUUGAUUCAAAACAUAUGUAAAUCCUAUUAGUUGUAAUAGUAUUUUAAGUGUAAAGAUAUCAUUGUUUUCUGGUAAGAAAUGGCAUUUGUAUUCGGGAUUAUUGAUUAAAAGUUUUUAAUGUGUAAAUUAGGUGGAAACUUUUUUCCUAUUGUGACUGAAUUGACCUACAAAUUAACUUAACAAUUUACUCAAAUCAAAUCACAUAUUACAAAGA